UGGAGGGAGAUGAAAUCCGACUUGACCACGAUCCCGUGACCCACUCUCACCUUCAGGUUGUUACUGCUAGUCCCACUCCCUACCUUGAAAGACCGAUGGCUUCAUUCACGCCUACUUCGCCUAUCAACAUGAGCAAUGAAAAGGAUUGGGCUGCUAAUCUAGGAAUGCUCGAUUGGGACUCGACCAACAUCGUCUUCACCAAACGCACCCUGAUAGAAUUCCUCAAGUACACGGGUACCACUGUGGACACCAACUUCGCCAAUAUUCAGAAACUUCCCAAGUACGCGAAAUUUGGCAAGAUCGAGGGUACUGGUGGAUCUUCUCCUUCAAGCACCGUGCCUAGUGGCAACGCGGCCACCACCACCAUUUCCGCUUCCGCUUCUGCUGCAGAAGAAUGGAAACCCACACGACGUGUUCGCGAACUCCCUGGUGGAGCGCGCACGAACAUCUUUGCAGAUGAAGAUGUGGAGGACGCGUUGUCGCUGGCACCGCCUAGACCAGGCGAUGAUGAAACCGAGACUGGAGGAGAAACGAAGGAUCAAGCUAAUCCGCUUCCCCCUACCGGAAUCAAGCCCAGCAGACGUGUAAGAGAGGCUCCAGGUGGAAACAGCUCUCUUGGGAAUAUUUGGGGCGGAGACGAAGAUGUGGAAGAGUUCAAGCCCACUCGGCGGUGCGCACAUGAUCACAUUUCUUCCUGCUACUUCUGAAGCCCUCCAGCGUCCGACAACCCCAGGGGGUGGCACUUCGAGCAUCUUCUGAUGUUUUGAAAACAUUGCGAUUGUGGGCACACAUAUGUUGUGGGGAACGUCAGGGGUGCCGUUAGGUAGACAGACCGAUAAGUUGCAAUAAGUCCAAAUUUCAAGCGUCGAAGGUGUAUGUACAUGUCUUGAACGUUCAAAUAGGGUUUAUGGUCAAGUCUAUAUACAUAGCUUGUUGGG